AUGCGAAUUGAAGAAAAUCGGUUUAAGAGUCUUUCAGUUCUGAUCAAGACAAAUAAAUUAAAACUUAAACUUGAUGAUGAUAAACCGAAAGUAAUUCCAACGGAAAAACAAACAUCAUCAACAAUAAUUCAAACUGAAUCGGAAAUUUCAUCAUCAAACAAACUUUCAACUGUUCUUACAUCAUCAUCAGGUGGAACCUCAACAAAUCUACCAACAAAAAUUGAUAAACUAUCAACAGAAACACAAUCUCAAAGAACACUAACUAAAUUUGGUAUUGUAUUUACUAGUCAGGAUCGUCAUUCAACAACAACAAUACCACGAUCAGCACCAUCAACAUCUAUUCGUAUCCACAGUCAAUGGAUCACCACAAAACCCAGACACAAUAUGACUUCAAAAAGUAUUAACUCUUAUGCGAUGAUAAAAUCCUAUCCUUUCAACAAUGGUGGACUCAAUGCUUAA